UCUUGGUUUUACCUACCGGUACUUUCACUUUCAAUUUACAGUCAUGAGGCGUUUGCUUUUGAUUUCCAAUUCAACGCUUCACGGAGGCGGUUAUCUAGAUCACUGUAAGGACCAGAUUAAAAGUUUUCUGUCCAAUUCUGUUCAGAAGGUUUUGUUUGUUCCAUAUGCACUACAUGACAGAGAUGGAUACACCAAAAUUGCAAAGACAGCAUUCAAUGAGAUGGGAUAUGACCUUGAUGGAAUUCAUGAACACAAAAAUGCUGUAGAUGCAGUUAAGUCUGCCCAAGCCAUAUUCAUAGGUGGAGGGAAUACCUUCAGGCUGCUAAAGACUUUGUAUGAUGAAAAGAUUGUGGAGGUGAUCAGAGAAAGAGUAACAAAGGAGAAUGUGCCUUACAUUGGCUCCAGUGCUGGGACUAAUGUGGCAACACGUAGUAUCAACACCACUAAUGACAUGCCCAUAGUGUACCCGCCUUCGUUUGGUGCCAUCGGACUUGUGCCCUUUAACAUAAACCCUCAUUACCUGGACCCGGAUCCCAGCAGUAAACACAUGGGGGAAACCAGGGAGGCCAGAAUCAAGCAGUACCAUGAGUAUGAAACCUGUCCACCAGUUCUGGGUCUGAGGGAGGGUUGUAUACUGCUGGUAGAAGGAGAUAAAGCAACACUAAAAGGCAAAACAGGGGCUAGGUUAUUUGUCAGGGGGAAGGAACCAGUUGAGUACCAGCCAGAUGAUGAUUUAAGUUUCUUACUGUGACAUUGUCCUAUCCUUUUUCCAUUAUUCAAGGACAGGAAAAAUGCAUUCAAGGUGUCAAAUUACAUUAAUGUACAUUAGAUGUGUAGUUUUGGGUAGUUUAUAUUUGUUGAAAAGUACAUGUAUAGUAAUUUGCAUUUUAUGUUACUUUUGUAAUUCUAACUGUGAUAAUAUCAAUGCAAAUGAAAUAAAGCUGGUAAAUAAACAGCAAUUAAAGUAUAAAA